AUGCCGGACCUGUCGGGGUUCCGCCGGCUCUCGGGUGAGCUGUGCGCGGAGUUGCCGUCGUUGCCCGGGGCGGGGCCGUCCCUGCGGGGGCGUUGGGCGGUGAUCCUGGGGGGUGGGCGCAAGUACAUGUUCCCCAAGAACACCAGCGACGUGGAGUACCCGCAGGAGGAGCGGCACCGCGGCACCCGCCUGGACGGCAAGGACUUGGUGCAGGCGUGGCACGACGCUAAGCCUGCGGGGAAGGUUGCCAAGUACGUGUGGCACCGGAGGGAGCUGCUGGCGCUGAACCUCAGCCGCGUUGACUUCCUCCUGGGUCUCUUUGAGCCGGGGGAUAUGGUGUACGAGCUGGACAGGAACAACGAGACUGACCCGUCGCUCAGCGAGAUGGUGGCCGUGGCCAUAAGGAUGCUGCAGAAAAACCCGCGGGGCUUCUUCCUGCUGGUGGAAGGUGGGGGGGCUGGGGGCGCAUCGGGGCUGCGGAGAGGGAUGAGGAAGCGAUGGGGUGUAAAAGGAGGGUGGGAAGGGGGCAGGAGACAGGAGGUGCAUCGCAAAAGCGGGAUGCAGAGCGGGAGGUAAA